UAUGUGGGGAGUUUCAGAACCAGACCACUUACAACUUUGAGAAAUUGAUAGAAAAAAGAAUUGAAGAUGAGUGGCAUUGCUGAAAGAUGGAGGGUUCUAAGUGGGAGUGAUAACUGGAAAGAUCUACUGGAGCCUUUGGAUUCGGAUCUUCGCCGCUACCUCAUUCACUACGGAACCAUGAUUUCACCCGCCGUCGAUGCUUUCAUCGACGAACCAGCUUCCAAAAAUCUGGGAUUAUCACGAUAUGCCAGGAGAAACCUGUUUGAAAAUACAGGACUUGUCAAGGGAAACCCUUUCAAAUAUGAAGUCACCAAAUACUUUUAUGCAACAUCUCAAUUGUCACUCGGAGCUAUAGGGUAUACUCUUAAGCAAUCAAACUGGAAUGGGUAUGUUGCUGUGGCCACGGAUGAAGGAAAAGCUGCUUUAGGACGAAGAGACAUUGUGAUUGUUUGGAGGGGAACAAUCCAACCCUUAGAGUGGGUUGAUGAUUUCAUAUUCCUUUUUGUUAAUGCGCCAUUAAUCUUUGGCCAAAACUCUGAUCCUCUCGUGCAUAUGGGUUGGUACUAUAUGUACACCUCCAUCAAUCAAGAUUCUGAAUUCAAUAAAACGAGUGCCAGAGAUCAGAUUCGUGAAGAAGUUGCAAGACUUGUUGAGUUAUACAAGGACGAGGAAGUUAGCAUAACCGUGAUAGGACACAGCUUGGGUUCAUCCAUGGCAACACUAAACGCAGUAGACCUGGCUGCCAAUCCAAUCAACAUUAAUAAUAAUAAAGUUGUUCCUGUCACUGCUUUCAUGUAUGCAAGCCCCAGAGUAGGGGACGAGAAUUUUAAAAAAGCCUUCUCUAAUCAACAAAACCUUCGAGCCUUGCGAAUCUCCGACGCCAAUGAUAAAGUUUCAAAAGUUCCGCCUUUUGGAUGGAAAGUUGGUGAAACCGAAUCUUCAAAAAAAGAUUACGAAGAAGUGGGGGUGGCUUUGGAGAUUGAAUCUAAGAAAUCCUACUAUUUGAAGCCUGAUGAGGGCAUCUCCUAUCACGACUUGAUGCUUUAUUUGCAUGGAAUUGAUUUAUACCAGACGCCUCAAGGAACAUUUGAGCGUAAGGGAGAAUUUGAUCUUGCCAAAGUUAAUAAGUAUCAGGAUGCUUUGAGCGUCGAUUACCAUAUACCUAUAGCAUGGUUUAAUAUAGAGGAUAAAGGAAUGGUUCAGCAGGACGACGGGAAUUAUAUCCUUGACGAUCAUGAGCCGGAUGAGCUAGAUAUGAUGUUUUAAACAGUUUCGUGCAUAUAUAUAUGCAUGUGUUUGAAAAAAUUAAAGCUAAGUCUUCAUAAAGACCUUUCUAUAAUUAUAAUUAUUCAGUGUGUUUUGAAUAAAAUUGGAGCUGAGGCAACUAGCCGCUUGUGGCUAGCUGUCUAGUCCAACGCAUGUGUGCUUGUAUUUGAAUUAUUAUGUUUCAACCAUCUCAGCUUUUUUCAGCAA